UGAAGCCGGCUGCGGCGAGCUCGCCGUGGCGGCGGCAAGAUGGCGGAUGUGCUGAACGUCGGGGUGAACCUGGAGGCCUUUGCCCAGGCCAUCAGUGCCAUCCAGGCGCUGCGCUCUAGCGUAAGCAGGGUGUUCGACUGCCUGAAGGAUGGCAUGCGGAACAAGGAGACGCUGGAGGGCCGAGAGAAGGCCUUUAUUGCGCACUUCCAGGACAACUUGCAUUCGGUCAACCGGGACCUCAAUGAGCUGGAACGUCUGAGCAAUUUGGUAGGCAAGCCAUCUGAGAACCAUCCGCUUCAUAACAGCGGUCUGUUAAGCCUGGAUCCUGUGCAGGACAAAACUCCUCUCUACAGUCAACUCCUUCAAGCAUACAAAUGGUCAAACAAGUUGCAGUACCACGCAGGUCUAGCAUCUGGCCUUCUGAAUCAACAGUCACUAAAGCGGUCCGCUAAUCAGAUGGGAGUGUCUGCCAAACGCAGGCCGAAGGCUCAGCCCACAACUCUUGUCUUACCACUUCAGUACGUUGAUGACGUGAUCAGCCGCAUUGACAGGAUGUUCCCUGAAAUGUCCAUCCACUUGUCCAGACCCAAUGGAACAUCAGCAAUGCUCCUGAAAUACGUUGCCUUGCCAUGAAGCAAAUGUUACUGGACAUUAUUAUUCUAGGAGUGGGAAUGGAUUUGAACCGAUUCAUAGAAACCGUUAUUCCCCUCUCUCUUGGAACCGGUGACAGAAAGCUGACACAUGUAAGGGGUGAUGUCUGUGACCAUGGAACCCAGCAAAGCUGGUUGACUCACAAAAGGAGUGAAACUGUAAUUUGAGCCUGUGACCCUGACCUCAUUAACUUCAGGCGUCUGAAGCCCCCACACUCUGAUAACGGUGCAGUGCCUGUUCUACUGGCAGCACCCUUCUCCUAGUGCUUAGGGCACUCUUUUCUCAUGUAGUCCUCUCCUGCAGGCUGUGGCUUGUUACCCAGAGGAAGGAUCCCUUGCUCACCCUUAAUAUGGGGAAAUCAUUUAGAGCACUUAAUUUGUGUUGACUCUUAUUGGUGCACUAUUGCAAUUAACUUAGAUUAAUGAAAGGUAAAUUCCAGUCUAUACAUGAAAAAAAACUCUUGUAAAGAUCCUAAUUAGUAUGUGUGUUUAUUUAGCCUCUCAUGGUUUAAUUGCAUCCCAUCUUGCUAUUUACAAACAGGCAUCAUUAAAGAAUAAUGAGUGUGUGAAGAGCAUUAAUACUAGCACCAGAAGAGGUAACUGGAGGUUGGGGGAGGAGGGAGAUGGGAAAUCUGCUGGUUUGUAUUUUCAAAUGGAGGAGAAUGCAGAAUGAUCCUCUAAACCAGUCUGGGAGAGAGGACAGAGCAGACGUUAUGCAAGGCAGCAGCUUGUCCUUUGGCUGCUGCGGUGCUGUCUAAAGGUGAGCGAGCACAUGCGCACAGCCAGCCCUGACCUUAAGACACCUGCACUUCCAAUCAGUGAGUAUUCCCUGGGAUACUGAAAGAGCCAGGCAAAGUGUGGGGCUUUUCUUGUACAACUCAGCUCUGGCCCUUCAGCAGCCUUUUCAAAAAAUAUCCAUGUAAAUAAAUUGAGAAAUAGCUUUAUGAUGUUUUCACUGGCACCCCUGAUAUCACAUUCCAAUUUCACAUAAUUUGCAGUAGUUCCGUGAAGUUACAAAGCAAUUUUGUCUUUUUUAGGUGGGUGCUUAAUUAUUUAUAUUCUCUUCUAAUCUGGUUCAAGGGUAGAAAAGCCAAGAGUCUAAGUAGUAUAGUGGUGAAACAGAAGGAAAAAAGAAAGAUACAGAAGAACCCAGUAAUAACAAUAUAUUUCCAUCCUUUGUUGCAUGAUUCUCUAAUUCUUGGUGUAAACUAAAAUUUUCUCAUUCAUCAGGAGUAAAGUAUAGGUAGAGGUGGUAAAGUCUAAGGAGAAGUAUUAGAGUGUUGCUUAGAGGAACAGACAAGAUUCUUAAAUGCCAGCACCUCAGUUUCCCCUUCUGUUAUGGUUGUCAUCACAACACUUUUGUAAAUGCUUUCUAUUUAAAUGCAAAUUGUACUAUUCAAACCAUAUUAAAGCCUGAGAUUUCUCUGGGGAUUCCUGGGUGAGUAGAAGUCCAAGGUUUAAUUUAUUUAAAAUCAGGUUAUAGCAAUUCGCAGUUUUCAGUACAUUUUAUGUUUUUCUUCAAACAAACUACAGUUUAAUUUUAAGCUGCCCUAAAUAGAAGCAAAUAAAA